AAUCAAAGCCUGCUGAAUAAUUUCAAACGCUGUUUGUAGACAACAAACUUAGUAGAAACUACCUAUAUCAUCAAAACCAUUUUAUCUGAAGCUUUAAAUUGACUUAGAAUAAUCUCACUAUAUCUGAAUAUGAAAAUAUUAUUAGAAAGGCAAGCACUUGCAUGCUUGAUAACGGGUCAUGCUUGUCGCAUGAGUUAAUCCACGAACGAUAAAAGAAGAGAAAGAUAUUUGAACGAAGUAUCUAUGUUUUAACCUAAUGACCAUUAAAUAAUACAAUAAUGAAACACCUAACUUUCACAGUUGUUUCCUUUAUACUAUGUUUAACGUUAGUAGCCGCUAAUCCACGAAAGAGCAGGAAGCAACAGGAAAAGGAAGCAACGAACAAUGGUAACAAAAAACGAUACACAGUAAAACAAGAGAAAGAUAGACAAGAAAUAACUAAAGUUCCAAGAUAUGUAACAUCAAAGAAAAGAAAUCGUCAUAAAGUUUAUAAAAAGUUUAACAUGAUUGCUGUUCCAACUUUCGCUCUUGAAAACAGUGCAACAAGACAAGGAGCAGUUCAACAGCUGUUGUUGCCUGCAAGUACAUCACAAUUCGCACAAAACACGUUGGCCACAAAUCCCGAGCUGAUGUCGGACUUUAGUACACAGAACACAUUGGGAAAACAGUUCAUAACACAACAAAGUUCUUCAGAACAAGAAGCAGCAGAAGUCCCCCAAACACUGCGACCUCAAUACGUUCAAUAUCAAACAUCAACAGGUACAUCAAACGAAGACACGACUAUACAGGAUAACGGAGCAACACAAAGUUCUCCACUAUAUGUCAACACAGCCAAUGAACUUGAUGCAGGCUCACAGGGUAUUCAGAUGUUCUCACAAUCUAGUGGUGAUAAUGGAGUAAAAGAUGAGACGAAGAGCCUCAAUAAUGGGCUGCUACCAGAGAGUACACAGAGUAAACAACAGGCUGAAGGCAUUUCAUCGCAAGAAGUAAAAAUAGUGAAUUUAGGCGAUGAGGAGAAGACAGGCAGCUUUCAAAAAGAUAACGCGUGUGGAGGUUGCCCUUCAGGAGCAAACUGCAUCAACGGACAAUGUCAGAUUGAGGAGCAAGAUUCCCAGGUUGAAGGUUUAACAACAGAAACAGGAAAGGUACAAGGGAAUAAGCCAACAACUAUUGAUGAUAUACGCAACUUGGAAACACAAGAAAUUGCGUCCCUUAUUAAGGAGGCAGACGCACCAUCCACAUCAGUUCCUCACAGUCCUUACACGUCCCAUGACCAAUCAUCAAGCAAAGCACAAGUAAACACAAAUAAAGCAACAGUAAGGCAGGAAAAACCAGUGAAACAACCUCAAUACACAGGCGGAGAUUUUAAGGAGUUGCGGGAGUUUGCACGUAUGUACAAAAUGUACCAAUUUAUUCGCAAAAUGGAAGAAAGAGUUAAUGAUCCAGAUUGCGCACCAGUUUGCCGCAAAACAUGCAAAAAAUUUUGUCCCGUAAAAUGUUGUCAUGGUCCGAAGGUCAACAAUAGCGUCGUUUCAAGCUUGAUGCAUAUCGCCCAUAAAAUCCAAAGUACUGAGGCCGAGAGUAGAAGCACAAAAGAAUUAACAGGGAAAAAGGCCAACACAGAAGAUAGUGAUAGAAAUAAGACUGACAAUGAAUCAAAGGAAAAGAAACAUAUUUUAACAAGGAUUGUCAAAAACAAUAAAUUAAUAAAACCACGAAGAUAGAACAAUGAAUCUUUACAGUUUUAUAAAACGAUCGACAAACGCCUCCAGAGUUGUUCGACAGCGCAACUUGCAUUAUGUGUAAAUAUUUAAAUACAAUAUAAAAAUUAUACAACUGACUUACAUGUUACAUUAUGGAUGUAAUACAGUAUAAAAACUAUACAACUGGUUCAGGUAUGUGUCUUUAGUAAGAAGAACAUAACGACAAUGGCCUUGAUAAGAAAAAUAUUAUCAUGAAAUAAAUAUGAGUCUUUCUACGGCUGAAAA